AUUAGACAUUGUUUAUGCAGUCCAAAGAUUUUCUGUCCCUUUUUCAAACCCAUCCCAUCACGCACACGCACCCUUAUCAUUUUUUCUUCUUCCUCAACGCAAUCAACGCCAUUUUCAGCGGGAAAUAAAUCGCGAAAAGCCUUUGCCCCCAUUUGAAAAACAACGAGUUCUGCCACUCGACGACUCAGAGCUUUGAGCUGGUUUUUCUCUUCUGUGUUUGAAUUCACCUGUUCCGUAAAUGUCCCAAAUGGCUCAGCCAAAUCUGAAACAACCAACGAACCACCACGCCCGUUCUCUGUCCCAACCCAUUUUCUUCACGAACCACUGCUUGCCCCCUUUGAGCCCUUUCCCGCCGACGGAGUCCUCUAUCGUCUCUUCUAACUUCUCCAACUCGAGAGAUGUGACAGUAGACGACAUGGACGUCAGCUCACGCGGCCCGCCAGCUGUCCCUCCCCAUUUCACCUUCGGCUCGCCCGACGGCCUUCCCCCUCUCAGGGGCCACCACCGGUCGAGCAGCGACUGCAGCUCCAUAGAACUUUCCGGAAAUAAUAGCAAGCCAGUCGAGCUGAGGAUGAAGGAAACGGGCCACGUGAAGUCGGAAGGGGAGGUCGUGGACGAGCUGGUCAACUCUCUGAUGAAUUUGGAUCAUGUGGACAAUCCCGGAAUAGGGGAUAAGGCAGGCAGUGGUAUAAUUGGAAAUAUGAAUUCGGUUGUGCCGCAAGCUCGGCACCACCGAAGCCUCUCGAUGGAUAGUGGCGUGGGAAGAUUCUGUUCGGGAGAGGAAUUGGGAAAUUUUCAGGCAGCCGAUUGUGGGAAGUUGAGUCGGGUUGGGUUGGAGUUCGGGCAUGGGGAGUUUAGCGAGGCUGAGCUGAAGAAGAUUAUGGCAGACGAGAGGCUAGUGGAGAUUGCAGUUUCGGACCCAAAACGUGUAAAAAGAAUAUUGGCAAAUAGGCAGUCAGCUGCUAGGUCCAAAGAGCGGAAGGUGAGGUACAUCUCGGAAUUGGAACAUAAGGUGCAGACGCUGCAAACGGAGGCUACCACACUAUCUACCCAAGUCACUAUUCUACAGAAAGAAUAUGCUGAGUUAACCAGUCAGAAUAAUGAGUUGAAAUUCCGGGUUCAAGCUAUGGAACAACAAGCACAGAUCAGGGAUGCUUUGCAUGAAGCGUUGACUGCAGAAGUUCAACACUUGAAGCUCAGAGAAGAACGGAUAGCAUCAAGUGGAAUGGGACAACAACUCAAUACGAAACAUCACGUUUUUCAAAAGCAGCCCAAUCAGAUGCAGCAGCACAUGUAUGUGUCAAAAUCUACAACCUCAGCUGCUCCAACCUCUGCAUAGUAACUCAUGUCCGAUAAAUGAUAAUGCAAGUCGUGAUGUGAUGCACUAAAUUUAAUUGGUUCAGAUUCGUCCGUAGUUUCUUUUAAACUAUCAAUUACAUCAUACAUAUAUUACAUAUUGGUUGCAUUCAUUUGCGAAUACGAAUACAUAGAACACAAUCAUUUUAGUACUAUGUUGGAUUGUAAUUGUUUGAUGUAUGACUGUAUGUAAUAUAAGUAGAAACUACAACUUGUAGAGUCGGGUACUAUAUUACUAUAUCGGGUUUUUGUACUUUGUUGGAUUCACUCCCAUUUGUUUUGUUGUGAAAGUUAGUAUGAAUAUACUGCUUUUGAGGCCUAUGGGGA